AUGGCUGAAGAAGUUUAUGAUUUCAUUAUUGUCGGUGCCGGUCCAGCAGGAUGCACCCUCGCCUCAUCCCUAGCACGAACAAUUGCCAAACCGCGAAUCCUCCUCCUUGAAGCGGGCAGCAAAAAUGACGACAAAUCGCACCGCGUCGUCGGAAAGCGAUGGAUGACUUUCCAAGAAGAAUCUAUGAAUUGGGGAUACAAAACUACGCCCCAGGAUGGGUGUGAUGGGCGUGUUCUGGAUUAUUCCCGUGGUAAGGGGUUGGGUGGUGGGUCUGCGAUUAACUUCGGGAUUUAUACCGUUGGUGCGAGAGAUGAUUAUGAGUCUUGGGCGGAGAUUGUGGGGGAUGAGGGGUUUGGGUGGGAUCAGAUGCAGAGGCGUUUUAAGAGUCUUGAGACGUUUGGGUUGGGGGGUUGUGGGAGUGAAGAGGGGAGCAAGUAUGGGAAUCCUACUGCUGGGGAUCAUGGCCAUGAGGGUGCGUUGAAGGUGGGGUUUGCGAAAGAGUGGGAGAUGGAUUUGAGACCUUUGAUGGAUUGUUUUGAGGAGGCGGGGCUGGAGAGAAAUUUGGAUCAUAAUUCUGGGGAUCCGCUUGGUAUGGGAUUGUGUGUUCAUUCUGCUGGGGAUGGAGUGAGGAGUACGGCGAAGGAUCUGCUGAUUGAUGGACCGGGGAAUUUGGUUGUUAUUACGGAUACUCCCGUGCAGAGGAUUCUGUUUGACGGAAAGAGGGCUGUAGGUGUUGAGACGAGAGGAAAUAAAUUCCUUGCCUCAAAAGAAGUCAUCCUAUGCGCCGGAUCUCUUGACUCUCCCAAAAUUCUCAUGCAUUCAGGCAUUGGCCCAGCAUCGGAACUAAACAAAUUCAACAUCCCAAUCGUCCACGACAUACCUGCCAUCGGUCAAGGACUAAAAGACCACUUCUUCGCACCGCUCUUGCUCUCACGAAGCCCAGAGACAAACGACCGCAACGCCUUCUUCAAGAGUGAAGCUGCCAUGACCGACGCCAUGACUCAAUGGGAAGAAGAUGGGACUGGCCCUUGGUCAAAAUACGGAUGCCAGCUUACGAUAGGCUGGUUCAAAUCCGACACCAUAACCUCGACCGAAGAAUUCAAAGCACUGCCCAAAUCCACACGAGAAUUCAUGAACCGUGAAACUAUCCCUCACUACGAGGUCGUCGCGGGAUUCCCCAUCCAUCUCCUGUUUCCGGGGAUGUUGUCGGAUUAUAGCUACACCUGUCUAGCCGUUUUCCUAAUGAACGAACAAUCAGUCGGCGAGGUCCGACUUCAAUCGUCGAACCCGGAUGACCCACUCCUCUUUGACCCAAAGAUUCUAUCGCACCCCUUCGACCAGCGAGCCGUGAUUGAUAUGUAUCGCCAUCUACUGGAGAUUUCAAAGCAUCCUUCUUUCGCCAAGGAUAGUCUGGCUACUAUUUUGGGACCCAAGUCCGAGUCCGAUGACGAUAUUUUGCAAUUUUGGAAGGACAAUAUUUCUUCUUCGUGGCACAUGAUGGGAACGGUUAAGAUGGGAAGGAUUGGGGAUCGUGACGUUGCGGUUGACAGUGGGUUCCGUGUUUUCGGGGUUGAAGGUUUACGCGUGGCUGAUAUGAGUGUCGUGCCUGUUCUUACCAACAAUCAUACACAGGCCACGGCGUAUGUUACUGGUGCGACUUGUGCGGACGUUUUGAUUAGGGAAUAUGAAUUGGAUCAGUGA